AUGUCGUCCAAUCGCAACACUAACCCUGCUACUCGUCAUGAAAUGGACAAGGAUUUUGACCAAAGCCUUGACCUAUUCAGCCGUGUGGAUCUCUCCAUGGUCUUAGAAACACCACACCGGAGAAGCCGUCUCUUAAGCUUCUUGGCGGAACUAUUUGAAAAAGUUCCCGAGCUUAUCCCAAAUCAAUUCAGACUGGACGCAGCUUCGCUGACAUGGGAUUUGGAGACCAGAAGACCAACUGGAAUGUUAGGCAGUACUCGAAAAGAUCCCCGAGAUCAGCGUGGAGAUUCGGAGCCAAUGGACUUGAGAGGAUCUGUUUCGGCCUCAAUCUUUCCUAUCCGAGGAAACCAGCCUAUUUCUCGAUUGGCCGAAUCUGCUGAGGUCUCUCCAGGAGUCCAAAGAGGUCAGAAUAUAUCUUGUGAUCAACAGUUCAGCCCCCCUCAGCACCCCUCCGUGGAAAAAAGGCCUGUUAGAGGCCGAAAGGCCCCGCAAGUUAACCAGGAAAAUGUCACACUGGGUCUAGCGAGCCUAAGGCAUGCCAGGCUCCCUCCGAAUCCGCCAAUUAAGGAACUCAAAGGCAACAUCCACUGGUCUCUUUUCGUACAGACUCCUACGGAGACAGAGCACAACCCUGUAUCCUCUGGAGAUUUAAUGUCUUGCGUCAUGAAGAGCCUCGGACUUUGGUAUAAGAGGAAUAAGCAAAAUGAGCGAGCCAUUAUCUACGCGCAUAGAAUAUUCUGCCUCCUCUUUUCGCACUGUGCUGACUCCUUAGAGCAGUCACCUAUCGUUCCUGAGAAGAAAGUUGCCGGCCGAAGUUCCCGGAGCUAUGCGUACGAUGUAUUAGUAGAUGCCACUGGAGAAACUCGCCAGCACAUCAGACAAAUAACAACCAGAACCAACAGAUACAUAACGUUGGCGAAGAAGCUUGGCAUUGGUCGCGUACUUGAGAUAAGUAGCGAUUGUUCAACACUGUAA